CGCAAACACCACUUUGUGUUUGCUGUUCCCACCCGCAGUAGUAUUGUACCGUACUUUGCCGCGGGCGGUGUGCCAGCAGUAGAUUUCAUGGUUUACAGAUUGCACAGAUGUCGGCCUGAGCAGUUUGGUCGAGCAGAGUAGUUACCGCAUCGCCUUUUUAUCUCCCUACUUGAUAAUUGCCGGUAAUGGCGACUUUCGUGAGUGAACUGGAAGCAGCUAAGAAGAGCCUGAGCGAGGCUUUGGGAGAAAACGUGAAACAGUGAGUGUGAUUGUUUAUGUAGAUUUCCCACUGUGUUUACCUGAGGCCUACAGAUCCCCGGCCUGGAUUAUACAGCUAACCCGUAUCCAGCCAGCUGCAGCUGCCUCCCAUCAAAAAUAAAGGAACAGGAUCAUAGGGGGACUUUAUUUCAAAAUAGGGCCCUUUAAGGGAUUUUUAAUGCAUGUCCUCUCAUUGAAAAGUUCAUUAAUUUGAAUGCAUUCGUCUCCUCACAGUUUUUUACCAAUAUUAUUUUAUCACUAUAGCACCAGCAUAUAAAGCAGCGUUGGAAAGUGCUGCACUGCAAUACACUUGUUUUAUUGGCUGCCACAUGAUGUUAGUUUUGUAAAAUAUGAUUUACCAAUAAAAAUUGGCAUUGAGGUUUCUUCCAGUAACUAUAACCAUUUCAUCCCACUGAAGUUGUUAUGGUUGGGCACUCCAGAUGUUGUGGACUGCAUCUCCCUUCAAGCUUUGCUGACAUUAUUUCUGUAAGAGCAUUUCAGGGAGAUGGAGUGCACAACAUCUGGAGUGCUCAAGGUUGCCUAUCUCUGGGAGUCACUGGGUGCUGACUUAAAGGACCACCGUAGGCACUGUAUCUGCUUCAUCUCAUUAAACUGGUUAUAGUGUAUGGAGUCCUCUGGCACCAUCAUUUCUUUCCGCAUUAAACAGUUUUAAAACUUUUAAUGUUUUAAUGCUAAACAAGAGUCCCGGGCAAUCCAUCCCCUCUGUGCUGCUUUGGCUAAUAAGGAAGUAUUAGCCUGAGCAGCAAUAGGCAGCUGUGAUUGGCUGAGAGUGUCAGCUGACUGCUUUUAGCCUGUCAGAGUUCCAACUAACGGUAUGACAACAAGGAAGUGUGUAAUCUCUGCCUUAGCUACACAUACUGAAGGGGUCGGACUGUGGGUGGCCAGGGACUCUUAUUUUGUGGCAUACUGCACGAACAUGGUGUAACACUGAAUGGAGGGACAGUGUCAGGGCACUACAGGCACUAUAACCAAUUCAAAAAGAUGAAAUGCUGAUAGUGACUACAGUGUCCCUUUAACUUCAGUUAACCCUCAAGAAGUCCCAUGGUGCCCAACAGCUCUGCCGUCUUUCUCCUCCUCCUAUGCCAUACAGAACAGGAAAUUUUGCCUUGGCAGUGGGUGAAAGACUGUAUGCGAGUAAUCAUGGGUACUGUUGUUCGCAAUUGGCAUUUUACCUUCUGUAUAGUGGCACUUGUAAUUGAUUUAGCAACAGUAAUGAUUUCAUAAAGAUAUAUAUAUAAUUUUUUUUAUUAUUAUUCUUUUGUAAAUCUGCAGAUAAAAUAAUAGAUAAAGAAACGAGGUUCUAAAAGGAAUGACAGAAGAGACCUUAAUGUAAUGGGCAUGGCAACAAAUCCACACGACCAAUCACAAUAAUAUUUACAGUGGGUAUCUGAAGUGGAAAAAUCAAUUAAAGUAUUGAUUAUUUCUUUGUGUAUCUGCCCCUGGCCAAAUCAAUGAAACAAUGCGUGCACGCUCCCUGAAGUAAUUCACACCAGACACAGGUUCUAGGUUGUUGAAUAACUUGAGGAAAGUUUAUUCAGAGGGGACGGCAAGUCCCUUUUAAAGCAAAAUUACAUCAUAAGCAUUGUCAGAGAUAACAUGGAAUAAUACAUCAAUUAUUGGUUAGGUGUUAAGUGGUUGCUUCAAUGCUCUGCCUACUGUAGGUGAUGUCACCGGGGCCAUGAGGGUCUCCCACGGUUUCCCAGCGCCAUCUUGGUGCACGAGGUAGUUAGUCGAUGUUAGGAAGGGAAAAGGGAGGGGGGAGGGGGAAGGAGCUAGAAGCUUCCAGCAGCCAUCUUAAUUAUAACGUGUGUGCUUAGCUUUAUAUAUAUAUAUAUAUAUAUCGUGAAAUGAGUAAAUAGACAUUUUUCACUAACUAGGAAAUAUGUGUAGACCUUAUUUCCACAACAGUCCCCCCUAAAAUGGCUAUUUACCAUAACAACUGCUACUGUCCCUAAUAUGUCCCUAGCUGCCUGCAGCUCAUCUGUCUUAACAAGCAUCGAACACUUCACUCCGUGGGUAACCCGCGGUGGCUAGUCCACCACAUCUCCACACGUGAGACUCGCCUGCCAAGACAGACGCUUUCCCUAUACUGUCCCUACAGGAAAGCAGUUGUUUGUUUGAACUAAUGUGAUUGAAGGGGUGUAUGUGGAGUAUCAUCUUCGAGAUCUGUGAUGUCUUGGUGUAUGAAAGUAGGGGUCACGUCAUCUAUAGUCUUGUCUACCGCUUUCUGUAAGUACUUCUGUAUGCAGGGGAAUAUGCAACAGGUCAGAAAUAAGAAAAUGAUGAUCAUUAUGAGAACAGCUGUCCCCACCUGGAAGAGGGUCCUUUGCCAACCAUUCAUCCAUCCAAACCAUCUGUCCCAAGUGUCAGUGACUCCUGAAUUUUUCUUUAGCUCGUCUGCACGACUAUCUAGCUUUUCUAUGGCCAUAGUCACCUUACCAUUGGGUCCAGUGUUGUCUGGAAUGUAUGUGCAGCAUGUCAUGGUCUCAGGGAGGAUUUUACAUACACCCCCUUUCUCAGCUAAUAUCAUAUCUAGGGCCAUUCUGUUCUGGAAUGUCAUCUGGGUAGUGGCUUGUAACUGCUCUGCCAGGCCCUGUAGGGCAUCCCUAGUGUAGUUGACAAAGCGCUGUUGAUUAUAGUAAAUGUAGUUAAUCCAAUUAACAUUUUUGUUAGCAGUUAUCAUUGGAAUUAGGGAUUCAAAUCCUGCAGCCACUUCAUCUCUUGCUUUGAAUUCGUUAGGCACCCCCCUUGGCACACCUAUGGCAUCAAUAUACACAUGGGGGUCGAAGCUCCCUCGGAUAGGAGUCUCUCGUUUGGUUCUAGAGUGUACAUGUGUGAGGUUUAACGUGUUAUGGUUACCAUCUGGAAUGAUAUGGAUAGGCAUUAUGACUUUAGUUAGGGCACACUCCCCCCACCAUUGCCCAGUUAAUUGGGACCUCAAUUGUUUAUCACCACAUAACCAGUAGAUAUCACCGAUUGUCUUUGUGUGAUUCAUUAGCAGUGACAUGGGUGGAUUAUGGUAGGUUGAGCAGUAUCCUGAUGGGAAUUUGCCCAGAUACAAACCGGUGUUCUUAGAUAUUGUGUAACAUGUGUAAUUACCUGGGUAGAUGGUGACUCCAUCAGGUGGUUUUACAUGUCCAUGAGUGAUCGGGUAAAUUCUCUUCCAUGAUUCACAUGUUGAGGAGUUGGUGAUGGACUGUGUAUAAAGACUCAGAACACAUGACUCUACUUCAGGAGGUAAAUUCAGAGGAACUGUGCCCAGAUGGGGCCUGGCUCCUCCACACACGUAACAAUUGGUCUUAUUGUGUGAGUUGGCAUUAUACCUCAUCCAUUCUAGCCACAAAUUAGUGUCUGAAAAACCAGUCUCCACUGCCAUAGUGUCUUCAAAGGUGGGGUUGGCUAUAGCUACCAUGUCAUGUAGGGUCUUAAUAUGUGGUUUUAAUGGGUUAACGAUCAUGUGAGUGGUCCCUACCCAGUCUGGGGAGGUGAGCAUGUCUUGUAGGUAAAAUGUCCCCAGUGCAUUAUGUGAGCCACCUCCCUUCCAGUACAUCCCCAUCACAUAUUCCCCCGCGUCCCUUGGGCUAGGGUGUUCUAUAUUCAGGGUAAGUUUAAUGGGAGUUGACCCUGUGGGUUUACUCAGAGUCAUUCUAGAAAGCAGGGGCUUCCCGUCUUUGUCAAGUCUGUCCAGUGCAACCUGAGGUCUGUAGCCCCAUGGUCUACCUGUAUUCCACCCAGCAGCUUUCCAUGAACUACAAUGGUGUCCCCAAGCUCCCCCAGUCACACAAAUAUAUGGGUCCUUUUUGUUAGGUAUGUCUUUGUAUAUGGCUGCGUGUUGUGUCUGUGGGAAUGUACAAGUAACUAUGUCACAGUAAUCAAAGGUGUAUGUGGCUACAUCAGUGUCAGAAGAAUUGUACCAGAAAGUAUAAACGUGAUUAUCUUUGGUUAUGGCCACUUGUUGGGCCCAGACAAAGUGCAACAACAUAAGAAAACACAAGACACAUAAUAAAUUCAUAUUUCAACAGGAUCAGCCUCUUCUGGAGCAGGCACUUUUUUGCAAUGUGAAGCGUGUAUCCAGGAACUUUUUCCAGCUAGUUUAACUGACGUUGCUGUAAUCAGGAGCACUUGAUGAGGACCAUCAAAUCUCGGUUCUAGGGUGUGUUUUCUGAGAAACUUCUUAACCAUAACCCAGUCACCCGGAAGCAGCUUGUGUGUACCUGUAUUCGACUCAGGAUCUGGAAUAGAAGAAAACACUUGGGCAUGUAUCUUGGUCAAGGCAUGUGAGAGGGCAGUCACAUAGUCUACCAUAGCGUCUGACUGAAUCUGAAGCUGUUGAGGAAAGUAGCAACCUAGCCUGGGUGCUGUACCAAACAAAAUCUCAUAAGGUGACAAACUAUAUAUUUCCUCUGGGAGUGUACCUUACACUGAAUAACGCUAGUGGGAGACUCUCGGGCCAGGGCAUGUUAGUUUCUUGUGACAUUUUAAGCAUUCUGGCUUUCAAAGUGCCAUUCAUGCGCUCUACCUUACCACUACUCUGUGGGUGAUAUGGUGUGUGGAAUGCAGGGGUCACCCCCAGUGCUGACCAGACUUCCCGUGUUAGCGAGGCAGUGAAGGAGGUCCCUUGGUCACUUUCAAUUACUUCUGGAACCCCGUAGCGGCAAACAAUUUCUGUCAAAAGGUACUUGACUGUAGUCCUCGCGGUGAGAUUAGUCACUGGGAAGGCCUCUGGCCAUCCUGAAAACAUGUCCACUAUAACCAAUGCAUAUUCAUAACGUCCGCUCUUCGGCAUCUGAAUGUGGUCAAUCUGAAUCCUCUGGAAGGGGUAUUGUGGCUUGGCUAGAUGAUUAGGUGCAGUCUUUAUGACUUUUCCAGGAUUGCAUUUAGCACAUAUAGUACAAGAUUUACAGUAAUUCUGUGUUAAGGUAGUGAUGCCUGGUGCUUCAAAAUACUUGUCAAUCAGUGAGUUCAUCAGGAGCUUUGACAGGUGGGCUGGCCCAUGGGCCCAUUGGACCACCGCUGGGUACAUACUUCUAGGUAGGCAAAACUUGAGAUUAAUGGUGUAAACAUCAUCACGGAGUAUCGCUCCUUUGUUCUUCCAACUUUGUUUCUCCUGAGGAGUGGCAGCAGCUUGUUGUUCCUUCAGCAGCCUGAGAUCUGUAGGCAAUGUCUGCAUAGUGUAAAUGGGUAAUGUAUCUGUGGCCACUCUUCUGUCCACUUCCCAUCCUUGUCGUGCUGCCUCUUUGGCUGCCUGAUCAGCUAAGUUGUUGCCACGUGCUUCUUCUGUGUCUAAUCUUCCAUGAGCUUUUACUUUCAGUACUGCCACUUCUGCUGGAAGUUCCAAUGCAUCUAUCAGUUCUGCAAUGGCUGCCCCAUGUUUUACUGGGGUACCGGUGGCUGUAAGAAAUCCUCUGGUCUUCCAAAUUAAGCCAAAAUCGUGUGCCACUCCCAGGGCAUAUCUUGAGUCCGUAUAAAUGUUGACACGUAGACCUUCGGACAGUUUGCAGGCCACAGUCAAGGCUGUUAACUCGGCCUCUUGGGCAGACUUAGUUGGUUGUAGGGCAGCUGCUUGUAAUACUUGACAUCCUGUGGUGACUGCAUAUCCAGUGUGAUAUUGUCCUUGUUCAUCAGCAAACCUUGAGCCAUCCACAAAUAGUGUUUGAUCCGGGUUGAGUAAUGCAGCUUCAUAAACAGUUGGUAGGUGUGUAGUUUCCAUUUUCAUUUGUUCAAAACAGUCAUGGGGGAUAUCAAUGAGGUUGCAGUCUAUGGUGAGUGGGUCCUCACAGGCCUCUGUGUGGUACCUGGAGUAUCCUGUUGUGCAGUAGUUAAUGGUCUUUUUAUUUAUCCCCGUAGAAGUCAUUUGGUUCCAGGUUCUGGCCAUCGGGCCUAGGUUCUCCCAUGAGGUGUCGUGGGAUCUGGUGAGAGAUAUGUGUGGGAUAGCUGUUUCCCAAUGGUGGUAGAGGUGUGCUACAUUAUCUGGAAGGUGAACCAAAAUGAGCAUGGUACCUGUGGAGUCCCAAAAUAAGUCAGUCAGGGUAAUUUGAAUUUCUUUGAGCUGAAAUAGUUUUUCCUCAUAGUCCACAUCAGGGCUUGGUACGUCCCUAAACCACAAGACACAGUGGAGUAGGGCCUCUGAUUGUUCAUCAUGUGGGGGUGUGAAAACAGGCAACUGUAAAUCUGCUCGAACCUCUGGAUUGAUAUCCAGGCUGUACCAGUGAUGCACAAUUCCCCCCUUGGGAAGUGGCAGAAGAGUGGCUGGGUUCAGGGAAAGGCAUCUCUGGAGUUUCACAUUAUCAGGUAGGAGUAAGGAGGUCUGUAGGCGAAGGUGACGUUGGGAAGAAAGGUGUUUAGGUCGAACUUGCUGCAGGAUUGCAGUAAUGUCGUGAGGGGCCAACACUGUGAGGUGAUGGCCAAGAACAAAGUCAUUGGUCUUGUCCAGGAGAGCGCUGGCGGCAAACACCGCUCGGAGGCAAGAGGGGCUACCCCUUGCAACAGGGUCAAGCAUGCAGGAAAAAUAGCCAAUAGGGCGUUGUCUUGAUCCAUGUUUCUGGGUAAGGACUCCGGAAGCAUGUCCUGAUUUUUCAGAGACAGAUUGAAGGGAAGUUGGUAGUUGGGUAGGCCCAAGGCAGGUGCAGAAGCAAUAGCUCUUUUCAGAGUGUGGAAACAGAUGAUAGUUUCUUCUGUGAGAUGAAAGGGCUCACUCCUGAGGGCAUCAUAGAGUGGCUGCAUGAGCUUUGAUGCUUCAGGUAUCCAGGACCUGCAGUACGUGAUAAGACCCAGAAAAGCAUGGAGAGUCUGGUGAGUUGCAGGUAACGGAAGGUGCAGAAUGGCUUGCACACGUUGAGAGGUUAAAUGUUUGGUGCCAUGGGAAAGGCAAUGUCCCAAGAAGACCACAGAGGGCCGGCACCAUUGUAACUUGGAUUUUGAGGCUUUGCAACCAGCUGCAGCUAGGAAACAUAGGAGAUCUUCUGAAUCAAGCUCCGCAAUGAGCAAAUCAGGAGCACAGAGAAGGAGAUCAUCAACAUAUUGAAGCAGGACGACAUCCAAAUGAGACUUCUGCCAAGGAUCCAGCACCAGGGACAUGGCGUGAGCAAACUGUGUGGGGGAAUUCUGAGCCCCCUGAGGCAUAACAGUCCAGGUGUAUUGCUGUCCUUCAUGGGUGAAGGCAAAGAGAAAACGACAGGAAGGGUCAAGGGGGACACUGAAGAAGGCAUUAGCUAGAUCCACCACGGUGAAUAUUGUUGAAGUUGAUGGGACUUGGGAUAAGAGGGUGUGGGGGUUAGGAACAAUUGCGGUGUCUUUUAUGGUUACUUCAUUCACAGCACGGAGAUCCUGCACCAUGCGGUACUGGUCAGGCUGACCUUUAACAGUUCUCUUUUUAACAGGAAAAAGUGGAGUGUUGCAUGGAGAUGUACACUUGAUGAGGGCACCUUUGGCAAGGAGACUUUCAACUUGUUUGGUAAUGGCUUCAGCUUGUGCAGGCUUCAGAGGGUACUGUGGCCUGCGAGGAGGCAGUGCCCCAGGCAGGAGCUGGACUAAGACUGGGGGCACAUGUAAGCGCCCAAUAUCAUCCGGGCCAGUGGACCAAAGUUCUUGAGGGAUACGAUCCAGAGCACUGGGGGUUUGUGGGACCCGUGCAUCCCCUGUAUUGUCAGUUAGGUUUAACAAAAUGGGGAGUGAACAGAGGACAGAGGUAUCCUUUUGUGAUAGGGGGGUUGUCAAUUCAAUCUGCCCGUCUGCAGUGAAGGUAAUGGAGGCCUGGAGCCGAGAGAGAACAUCGGCACCUAGGAGGUUAAUGGGGCAGGUAGAGGAAACAACAAAUCGGGAGAGGAUGUGUGAACCUACGUGUAGGAGCUUGGUAAGGGGGUUGCUGCGUGGUGUACCAUCCACCCCAACACAGGAAACAUCAGUGUCAGAUAAGAAGGAAGGGUCUGGCAGGUCUUGUUCCCUAAGGACACUACGGGCUGCACCUGUGUCAACUAAGAAAGUGGUGGGGUGGCCCUCCACAGGGAGAACUACAGUAGCUAAAGGGCCUCCCCCAUCCCCCGCAGACACUGCCAUGGCAGGGGUUGCUGACACAGGCUUGCCGGUUACCUAUUGCAAUAAAUCCAAAUGGGCCUGGUCUGGUCCCUGGUACCGGCGGGAAGUGGAAGGAGGGUUAGCAGAAUGCAUGGGGGGACGGGAUGGGCGGAGGGUAUGACGGGGUUGGCCGUCUUGGAAAUCAUCAUUGUCAUACCCUUCAGCGGAGGGUGAAGUAUAUGCACGAGCUUCUGAUGCAGGGAGCCGGGCUUGAGUGUAUUCAGGAGGAGGAGGAGGAGGUGGUGGUGGGGGAAGCUGAGGCAAUUGCGAAUGGGGAAGGGCGGGGAGGUAACCAGGGGAGGGGAAGUUAUAUCCAGUGACAUGGGGACUUUGGUACCGGGGAGUUUGCUGGCGGAACACUCUAGGCUGUGGGCAAUCUCUUCUAAAGUGGCCUGGCUGAUUACAAUUAAAACAGGUCCGGAUUGUCGUGAUAGUCCGGUCCCGGGGGAAGGGGAUUGGUGCAGGCAGUGUCUGGGGUGAUUGAGUGUACUGUUGAGGGAACAUCUGAGGAACUUGGUUAGAACCAGCAAUUGGUGUGGAGGUGGUGUACAUCAGCGGACUAGCCCUAUGCUGUGUGGGUUGUAAAACAGAUUCUAAGCCCUUGGCUACCAACAAAAGGGUGUCUAGUGGAAUAAUUCUAUACUCAGGGCGAGCUAAAAUCAACCCCUUACGAAUGUGUUCUCUCAGUCCUGCCACAAAAGCUGCAGAUAGCAUCUGGGUGUGUGCCUUGUUAUAAGUGCUGAACCCUAAGUCCGAGAAAGUCUGAGUCAACCUAGAGUGGUACUUUUCAACAGUCUCAAGUUUGUCCUGUAUUAUGUCAUUAAUGCAAGUAGCCUGGUCAGCUAGUUUAUCCUGCGCCCAGGCGCGAAGUUGUUCACAGAAAAUUUCUCCAGAACGAAAAUCAGUAUCAGAAGUAAGUGAAGCGUCAUUAAAGCUCCGUUCCAUGAUUGGCCAGUAUGCAUCUCCAGCCUUAAUUUCACAUAAACUAAUAAGAUCCCGCCAAGCAGCGGAAUAUGUCUUACGGAUCUGAGCCAUCCUGCGGAAAAAGGGCAUGGGGUGUUUCUCUGGAUCAGGGAGUGAGGUCACAAGGGUAGCAGCUUGGGAAGGGUUAAAAGUAACAUACAUAGGUGGUGCACCAUCCGCACCAUGACUAAUCUGAGUAUACCCUUGGGGAACGGAGUGUCGUUGGGGAAGCCCGUUCCCCCCCAGGUGGGGUGAGCUCUGGUCCACCACAACGACCUCCUCGGGCACCACCGGACCACGGUGAAGAGUAGCCUCAGGGGUAGCUGUAGCGGGGGCAACUGGGAGGGCGGUAAUAGGUGAGGUAGUUGGGUGGAAGCCCGAGGCUUGGGGGGAGGCACCCAUCACAUAGGGCUGGUCCGAAGUCGCAGACACCUCGGACCCAACCACCAUGAUUGGGUAACUAGUGCUGGCGGAAGGGACACGGGAACUAAAGCCGUGGAAGGGGCCAUCAUGGGGGCCGGCGGGGCUGGGCGUGAGAGGUGGGUGUUUAGGACAUGAGCAAGAGCAGAGAUUGGAUCGGAAGGCUCGGGGAGGUUAGCGGGAGACAAGGGAGGGGUCGAAGGCUCGGGGGGAGGAGGAGGAGGAGGUAUAUCAGUGGGAGGCAGUGCAGGGAUCGCGGAGUUAACCAGGGAAGUGACAGCAGUGAAAAGGGCGGAUAUCGAGGUAGACAGGUCAUUAGUCAUGGAUGCGUCAAGGGUUUCCGGGGAAGGGGUUGGAGGGAUUGGAAGAGGAAGGUGGGACUUCAAUGGGUGAGGUGGGGGAAGCCAUGGCAGGGUUCGGAGUGGGGACGGGCACUGGGAGAGGUAGCGAAGGACAUGGAGGCGGGGGGGCUUCAGCAGACAUGACGGAAGGAUGGCUGAUGGAGGGGGUUGGGUCAUAGGAGGGUUGAGGCAUGGGAGUAGGUGGGAACGAGUGAAGUGGCACUGGAUAAUAGUAAGCACCAUCCGCACCGAGUACGGGGCACAGGAGAGUGGGAGCUGAAGGCACACCCCCAGAGGGUGGGGUCUGUGCUGUGACGGGAGAAGCAGGGCGGGAAUUAAGUGUUGCGCUCCGGGCGCCAUCAUAGGGCGGUGGUCGUGGAACAAUAGAAACAACAUCAUCAUUGUGAACACUCCUGUGAUAAACAUACACAAUUUGCCCCUCAAACUCCAGUUCUUCCUCGACCCAUCCUUCCCGUUUCAAACCUCUAGCUACCCGAUACCAAGCCUCUGCAACCUUCGUGAGUCCAUUAUCCAACAACAACCCUUCCUUGUCUGAGUAGUUUUCUCCAAAACUCAGGCUGCAAUCUUCCACUGGGCAACAUCUUGCUACACCGUAGCAAUCUUUUUAAGUUUCAACAUCGCAUCUUCCCCUGCCCUUUCUUUCACAAUAUCACAGGCCAGCAAGCCUUUAGCAGGUCUAGUGUGUUCCUGUCCCAUUUUGAGUAACCAAAGCGUGCCACACGUGAAAGACAAAGAAUUAGAGAAGGUACGAGGGAAAAGGAAUGUCUACAGUGCUCGACUGCCACGAGAACUUGAGCCCCGUGCGUCUUCCCCAAACGUAGACCAGUCACGGGGAUCCGCCCACCCGGGGUGGUGGUCACGGACGGGAGCGAAUGAGCGUGGGUGACUAACACAGCUCUGGGCAACAGGUACAGGAGAGAUAAAGAACAAAGGAGAAAAUGAACGUGGCUGCGCUAAUGAGAAGACAUUUGCAAAAAUCACAAACAUACAAAUGAGCGUAAACUCCGGAAUCCAGAACUAACAACACACUACACACACACACACACACCAAGGGUACCCACACUGUAACAACAAUUAAACAGAAACCACAGAAUGAUAGAGAGCAAAAUAGCCAUGUACAUAUUAACACCACUGGUGUCAGAUAUUCAGGAUAUAACAAUCCCCAGCCUUCACCCACCAGGCUGGUCCCGGCAAAACACUGGUACCAAAGGAAAUACUGCAAUAAUCAAACAAAAAUCCCAGCCCCACCGGCUGCAAUGCGUUCCCUGCCCGCUAGGCAGUCAAGCUAACAUAAAAACCCAGCCCCACCGGCUGAAAUGCGUUCCCUGCCCGCUAGGCAGUCAAGCUAACAUAAAAACCCAGCCCCACCGGCUGAAAUGCGUUCCCUGCCCGCUAGGCAGUCAAGCAAACAUAUAAAAUGCGUUCCCUGCCCGCUAGGCAGUCAAGCAAACAUAUAAAAUGCGUUCCCUGCCCGCUAGGCAGUCAAGCAAACAUAUAAAAUGCGUUCCCUGCCCGCUAGGCAGUCAAGCAAACAUAUUUUAAAGGUAUAAGAAACACACACACAUAAAUGAAUACAGGAGGCAGAUAGACAAUCGACAGAUUCACUUAAAGAGGGCGCACCGGAUGAGUUAAUUACCUGUCUCUAGUAGCCUUCUGGGAGCCGGAAGUGGACUCGGAGACAGACCGGCACAAAACAGGAGAAUAACACAGGCAACAGCUGUAUUAUGGAGGUGAUCAGGCUCCGCUUGUCCCACUUUCCGGAGGUCCGCUCCGGUCCGUUGGUUCCGGCCCUCCGAACCGGCUCUCCGGUGGGCCCCACGUUGGGCGCCAAUUGAAGUGGAAAAAUCAAUUAAAGUAUUGAUUAUUUCUUUGUGUAUCUGCCCCUGGCCAAAUCAAUGAAACAAUGCGUGCACGCUCCCUGAAGUAAUUCACACCAGACACAGGUUCUAGGUUGUUGAAUAACUUGAGGAAAGUUUAUUCAGAGGGGACGGCAAGUCCCUUUUAAAGCAAAAUUACAUCAUAAGCAUUGUCAGAGAUAACAUGGAAUAAUACAUCAGUUAUUGGUUAGGUGUUAAGUGGUUGCUUCAAUGCUCUGCCUACUGUAGGUGAUGUCACCGGGGCCAUGAGGGUCUCCCACGGUUUCCCGGCGCCAUCUUGGUGCACGAGGUAGUUAGUCGAUGUUAGGAAGGGAAAAGGGAGGGGGGAGGGGGAAGGAGCUAGAAGCUUCCAGCAGCCAUCUUAAUUAUAACGUGUGUGUGCUUAGCUUUAUAUAUAUAUAUAUAUCGUGAAAUGAGUAAAUAGACAUUUUUCACUAACUAGGAAAUAUGUGUAGACCUUAUUUCCACAACAGUAUCCCCCAAAUGCAGUUCUAGGGUUACAACAACCUAGAUGACUACUUAUGCUUUCAGGAGUGGUCAUAAAGCAAGCAAUAUGUAUGGGCUAUGUUUCAGCUUGCAAUGCUGCCUAUACAGCCUCCAGGAUUUAAAAAAAAGGGGGGGGAUCCCCAGGUAUCUCUCCCCAGACUGACAGGAAAGCUUUGAGGAACUCCCAUCACCUUUAACCCUGCAAGUGUAAUUAUUGCAGUUUUUAUAAACUGCAAUACUUACCUUGUAGGGUUAAGUCCUCCUUUAGUGGCUGUCUAUCAGACAACCACUAGAGGGACUUCCGGAUUCUUAAACUACUUUUUGAUCGCUUAAACAACGCUGGACGGACCUCCAGCGUCCCCAGAAUCCCCAUAGGAAAGCAUUGAAUAAUGUGCAUUAGGUCUCCCCCGCUGUCGGACGUCAGCGGGGGAGGAGCCUGCGUGGAACCUGACCCAGCGCCAAGGGGCGUAGGCGCUGGAUUCAGGUAAGAGUCUCAAGGGGUUUUAACCCCUUCAGCAACAUGGGAUGGGGGGCAGGAGAGAGGAGGGGGGGUACUGUAGGAUUCUCUAGUGCCAGGAAAAUGGGUUUGUCCCUUUACUCUAUGGUAUGCUAUAUAUCUAUGCUCAUAUUUGCUUGUCUUGCAUAUCAAAAUGUCUGUGUUUCUAGCCUGGUUUAGCAUGUUAUUUCUUUUAAUCUUUAUUUUAUUUCCUUAACAGUGUUAUCACUGUGUUUUUUUUUUCUUCACCGUCAAAUGUUUCUUUUACUGUUGUGUCAGCCUAUACUUUUCUCUCAUAUGAUGUUAGGUUCAAUGUUGUAAAACAAAAAGUGAGUGGUAAACUUGCCGGUUUAUUCAGCAUCUAUACUCUCUGUACUCUACUACUACUUUGUUAUGUAGACUUACCACUCAAUAAAAAAAUGUGGUUAACAAAAAGAAAAAUGAUAUCCCUGAAUAUAAUGGCUUCUGCGGCACUGACAGAGUAAAACAUGACACAGAAGCCACCAUAGUAAAGCAUUGAUUUAAUGCCAUGCGCAUGCACAUCAGGUCCUUAGUGUUCGUCUAUGAGGAGCAUUGGAUUGGAUCAAUGAUGGAGAAGGCCAAGCCUACUCAUGACAUCGCAGAAAGAAGAGAGUAUAGCACUGACAUGUUUAGAAUUAAUGUUCCUUUUAAAAGUAUAUUUUUAUUAGAUAACUUAAAAAAUAAUUUUUCUUUCUGUCAGUGGAAAUUAUAUAUAGAUUUGUUUUUUCUUCUUUCAGAUACUGGGCAAACCUGAAACUUUGGUUUAAGCAGAAGAUCAGCAAAGAGGAGUUUGAUGUUGAAGCCAGACGGCUUCUCACUCAAGACAAUGGUAGUAAUGAAGAAAACAUUUUUUUUAACCCCUUAUUGACAGUCUUUGCCAUCCUAACCAACUGCUCUUUUACUGUCCUUGUCUUUAUUUUCUAUUUUAAAGGACCACUACAGUGCCAGGAAAGCAUACUCGUUUUCCUGGCACUAUAGUGCCCUGAGGGUGCCCCCACCCUCAGGGACCCCCUCCCGCCAGGCUGGAUGGAGAGGAAGGGGUUAAACUUACCUCUUUCUCCAGCGCCGGGCGGGGAGCUCUCCUCCUCCUCUUCGCCUCCUGUCCUCUUCUUCGGCUGAAUGCGCCAGUCCAUAGGAAAGCAUUCACAAUACUUUCCUAUGGACGCUGGCGUCUUCUCACUGUGAUUUUCACAGUGAGAAGCACGCAAGCGCCUCUAGUGGCUGUCAAGAGACAGCAACUAGAGGCUGGAUUGACCCUAAUAUAAACAUAGCAGUUUCUCUGAAACUGCUAUGUUUAUAGAAAAAAGGGUUAACCCUAGCUGGACCUGGCACCCAGACCACUUCAUGAAGCUGAAGUGGUCUUGGUGCCUAUAGUGGUCCUUUAAUGAAAGCAGAGCUGUAUUGUGCUACACCUACUAAGUAAGCAGGUCAUUUUCUCUUCUGGCACAAUUCCUUAAGGGACCAGAGUUCCAAAGUUUUGGACCAGUUAUGCUGCUUAGUGUCGAAGUAAACACUAUAACCUUUUCAUGUCAAUUAAUUUUUUAUUGUGCCAGGAGUUUUCUGACACUGUCCCUCCAUUCAGUGUUAAAACAUUUCAAGUAGUUUAAUGCUAAAUAAGGGUCAUUGGCCAUCCACAGCCUGGCCACAACUGGAGGUAUGGCUAAGACAGAGUUAUGCACUCCUUUUAGCCAUACAAAUUUAUAUUAGCAAUGAUCACUGGGAUAGGCGGAAUGUGCUUUGCUUACACUCUCAGCUGGUCACAACCACCCAUUUAUGCUCCGUCUAAUACUUCAUCAUUACCCCAAGCAGCACAGUGGAUGGACGGCUACAAAAUAAAGUUUAGCAUUUAAACACUAAAAAUGGUUUAAUGCUGAAUGGAAGAAUGGUGGCAGCAGACUCCAGGCACUAUAACCACUUAAGUGAGAUGAAGUGUUAGUGUCCCUUUAAAAACCAGAAUGUGGUUCAAAAGAAGUUAAAAAGUCCAGAAACCAGCAUCUGAACAUUAAUUUGAGUAAUGAACUGUGAACAGCGGCAUAGUAGUCAAACACCUACACAGGUAUACACUUAAUUUACUGAGAUAUGUUUUAUAAAUUUAAAGAGCAUGUGCAACUAGGAUUGCAUGUUCCAAAUGAGCGACUGCUUUUAAAAGCGUCAUGAAAACUGUGAAAAUUUCAUAUACCACUCACAAGUGGUAAGGCUCUUGCGGAAAAAUAAUUAUUGCUGCCUUUCCAGAAAUGUAUAUUGAGUCCUAUCCCUUCUGAAAUUAAUACUUGGUGGUCAUACCAUAUAAUUUAGUUUUUAUCCCAGUUAUCAAUUGAAUUUAAUUAAUGGAUAAUCUGUUUUUCAUCUACAGUGCACUUUCACAAUGAUUUCCUGCUGGCUAUACUCACACGUUGCCAGAUUCUUAUUUCAUCUCCUGGUAAGUUUAUCCAUCAGUUUGUUUGGUUUUUACCUUGAUAAAUGCGAAGUGUGAUAGAGUUUAGAAUGUAAAAUAUUCUAGCUGGAUUAUACAGAAGUCAUUGUUGCAAAAUUGUUAUCUGGGAAAACUAGAUAUAGGAAAACUAGAUAUUGUUAUAUGGGAAAACUAGUUGUAUUAAUCUGAAUAGUACUUUAGCUGUUAGGAUCUUUACACCUGUUAGUUUAGCUUUAAAUUAUUGGUAGUGCUUUAUAAUUACAUACACUGAAGCUUUCAAACAAAAUUGCAAAUACAUUGUACAGUGUAGUGUGUUUACGUAUUUUUUUGAUUUUUUUUUUUUAUCACCUGCUCUGUUAAUUGAGCUUUAAUCACAAAAAUCAGACUACUGUAGGUUCUAGCACGCAAUUAACAGAGGAGAUAAGAAAUUAGUGCGCAAUCAGGGCUGUCUUUAACGCGGGGCAAACAGGGUAGCUACUCUGGGCCCAGUUACUGGUAACUGCCCUGUGGACCCCGCUACCAACAACAAUUUUUUUUUUUCCGCCCAUCAUCUAAUGAGUCCCACUGGGUGGCCCAUGCACUUAGGGCCACCCGGUGGGCUUGUAUCAGCAGGGGCUCGUUUGGGAGCUGUGGCCCUUUAACAGCACGGCCGGGCCCUUGCUUUUCAGCAGUAUGGGAGGAAGUGACAGCCGUGAGUCACUUCCUCCCAUAAAGAGAUGAGUCAGGGAGGAGACAGUGAGGAUGGAGGCUCCUCACUCCCAUCAGCCUCAGACACCACACUGGACCUCAUGGGAGCCACCCUACAGCAAAAGGUAGGAAACUGUAAGGUGGGAAAGGUAAAUUUUACGUGUGUGUGUUUGUGUGUCAGUAUGCCUGAUCGUGUAUGUAUCUGUGUGCCAAUGUGUAUUUGCCUGUCUGUGUGUGUGUCAGUAUUUCUGUGUGUGUGUCAGUAUGUCUGUCAGUAAGUCUCAGUGUAUGUGCCUUUAAAACUGCUCAUGAUACGUGUGUGUCUGUCAGUAUGUAUAUCAGUGUAUGUGCCUGUGUAUCUGUAUGUAGCCAGUGUGUGUAUCUGUGUAUCUACAUGUGUGUCAGUGUGUGUACCUGUGAUUAUGUGCACCAACAUUAAAUACAAACACACACACUACUGCAUUGAAACGUCAACACUACUUACAAACACCAAAAUUAUAUAUAAACAAACCCCUUUAUUCAAAAACCAUCACUACACAUAAAUGCACACUCGCAUUUAAAUUUCAACACCAUGUACAAACAUACUCCAAACAAACAUAUGCUUAUAUUCAAACACACAAACAUGACUCAGUGCUAAAUACAACCCUCCAAACAUGAGAAAUUGGUAGAGCUCCAGCUGUCAAAGCAUUGUUGGAGUUGCACGACAGAUAGGGUUCUACCUUUUGUCUAACCUUGCAAUUGGGGGGCCCAAUAAAAUUCUUGCACCAGGGCUCUUUUUGCUUUAGUUCUGCCACUUCGUUGGGGUUGAUGCCGUGAUUGCAUGCCUGGGAGUGGUGGAGGCAGACCCAAACAAAUGCUUGCCCAGGGUCUAAUCAUUAUUAAAGAUUGCCUUGUGCACAAUAAGGCAAGCUAAAAAAACAACAACUUUAUUUUAUUUCAGAAAAUGUGUAGGUAAGGUGCCAGUCACAGCCAGGGAAGUUGUGGCAAGGGAUGCAUAAACUUAGUGGUUUAACUCCUAAAUAACAGAAAAUUGAGCAGUGAAACCGCAGGAUCAAGAUUUAUACACCAAAACCACAUAUUUAAGCUAAAGUUGUUUUGAUAUUCAUAAUGUUCCUUUAUCCGCUCUUCAACAGCUGCUGAGCUCUGCACUUCACUGUCACUAAAUACAUUUGUUGAUGUUGUCUGGGAAUAGCACUCUGUGUCUGACAAAGACAUCUCAUCACUGCGGUACCAUGCCAUAGUAAUCAGAUGCCCUCUUCUAGUGGACAUUGCUAGUAGAUGUUCGAGUGCUGGCUACAUGCUGUUCUUUGUAUACACUGUACUGUUACUGAAUGUUUCAAGCAUGAGACAUCCAGCCUCAUCCUGCAGUAGCUUUGCGGAGCUCGCCCUGACAUUUGCAUGUGAUGACAGCAUGUCAGUGUUCUGACUUCUGUCGACAAUAGUGCUGGGCUGUUGGUGGUCUGUGUGACCAGAAUACACCUCUAUCAACAUGUACCUGGCCAUUAAUGUCUGGUGAGUCAACAAUAGUACUUGAUUGGCUCGUAGGCUGUCUUAUCACACUGGGAGCCAACCAGUCUGAUGACAUGGCUUAACUGAGAGCCAAGGUAUGUACUCCCUGUGAUUGGCACACUAAGUGAACACUCAACCUGGAACCAAUCUACCAAAUAAUGAAGAGAUGGUGUCGGGUUUGAGAUCAAACUUAGAUAUUUAAAGUAGCAUCACAGUUUAAUGCUGGUCAGUAUGUGGACACAUUGUCACUUCAACAAAUAGUAAGAAAUGUUAUCCAGCAUUCCUCAUUAAUUGAUAUCUCUUUGUAGUCAACACAUUAGCAGCAACUUUAGACAAAUAUGUAUUUUUCAAGAGAUUGCUUGAAAAAGACACUUCAAAACUUUGCAGCUAAAGUUGAAAAUACAGUGAUAUCAAGUUAUAAAGAGUGCUGGAUAUAAUUUCUUUCCAUUGAAUUUAUUACUGAUAGGGCAAUAGCCUUAGUACUUGCACUCUUUAAUAAAUGCUAUUAAAGUUAUUUUCAGUGAAUGCUCUCCCCUAAUUCAUUGUUUAGAACUUCAACAAAUAGCGUCUCUGGGGAAGCAAGCAAUAUCUGUAAUUUGUCUGUAAAUUACCUAAAAACCCAUGGUAAAGGUAUACAUGUGUGACACUCCUGUACACAGGAGAUACAUCAGAAUAGUACUGUAUCGGAGGUUAUAGGAGGUCGGAACAGCUACUCAGGUAGGCUGGGAGCUUCCCAGAAAUGCUCUUAUGCACAAGGCUGGAAAGAUGAAGUGUGCAUCGGGAUUCCAGCGACAGCCAGUUUAGCUCUUUUAACACGUCACAGUGGUGGGUAAAGUAAUUACAUUCUAGUACAAAGCGGCAGAAUGAAUUAUAUAACGUAUUAAGUUUAUUAAGGUGGGUUUGCGAUGCAGAUGCAUAAACGACAUCCCCAUAAUCAAUGACGGGCAUUAGAAUUUUGCUGCACUAUCUGUUUCCUUACUGUAGGGCUUAGGCAGGAUUUGUUUCUGUACAGGGCACCUAGUUUUGGGUAAAGUUUUAAAAAGAUUUUUUCAAUGUGAAGGCCAAAGGAUAGAUUGCGGUCUAGCAACAUAACUAGAUAUUUAACAGACUGUCAAUGUGCUAUUUGAAUUUGUUCUGAUACAUUGUUGUUUUUGUAGUUUACGUAAUUUAGGUACAGUUCCAAAGAUCAUCGUAACAGUUUUGUCAGUGUUUAGAAAGAGCUUGUUAUCCGCUAUCCACUUUUCUACCUCUGUGAAUUGGUUUUGGAGCACAGCCUCAAGCUACGGUAGCUUGGGUUUACUAGCAUAGAUUAGUGUUGUCUGCAUACAUGUGUACAGUUGAGGCUUUCCAUAAGUUGGGCAGAUCAUUUCAUAAAUAAUGUGAAUAGCAAGGGGCCGAGUAUUGAGCCUUGGGGAACACCACACGUAACUGGAAGAUGGAGGGGGCGCUAUCGGUCGCUACUGUGUCAAAGGCCUUGGCAAAAUCAAGGAAAAUAGCUCCAGUUAAGUCUCCUUGUUCCAUUUUGGAUGUCAUUGCAAACUUUUAAGAGGGCAGUCAAGGCUGAGUAAUUUGGACAAAAGCCUGAUUGAUCAGGGGUCAGAUAAUUUGAUUGUUGAUAAUAUUCACAUAGUUGCGUGUCGAUAUAUUUUUCCAAGAUUUUUGACAAUACUGGGAGCAAUGAUAUUUGGCGAUAGUUAGAUACCAAAGUAUUGUCAUCACUUUUAUGGAUAGGUACUACUUUUGCAGUCUUCCAAAGUUUGGGUAUGACAGGUUUAGCAAUUGCUGGCGCACUGAGCUUCAGCAACAUUGCUGGGAUUUGAUCUGGUCCACACUGGUUUUUCAUUUUUAAAUUAAGAUGUUUAUUAACAACACUAACAGGCAAAGUCUAAAAUUGAAUGUCUCUAUAUGAGGAUUUGGAAUAUUUGGCAGGGCCUGAUCUUUAUUUGUUGUCUGAAAAUGAGUGUCAUUUGUUAUCAUAGCAACCAGGGUGGUAGUACAGCCAACAAAAUAAUUAUUAAAGGCAUUUGCUACAUCUAGGGGGUGUUGAAGUGUUUGGGUGUUAAUUUUGUCUGUGGAGAGUUGGGAGUGGAUUUGUGGGGGUUUGUAUGCUAAUUAUGAUUUCCAAAAGUUUCUUGGGUUUUAUAUGUCCUUGUUCAAAUUUUCACUGAAAUAUUGGGCCUUUUGUGCAUGCAUUUUGCCAUUGUUCAUGGAGCCAAUACGCUUGAAAUUUGACCACAGUGAAUCUCUAAACUGGUACAUUUGAAUGAGGUCAGCUGUAACCCAGGGCAGGUGUGUCCCUUUUAGUCGCACUUUACGCAAAGGGGCUUGUAAAUUCGGAACAUGCAAGAGCUCUGACUGAAAAAAUGCAAUUGCAGAGUCUAGAUCUGGUAUUAGAUCUAAUCUGUGCCAUGGUAUGUUCUUGAGAUUGUUUAAAAAGGAUUCAAUCUUAAAUUUUUUGAAAGACCUGGUGAUUAUAAUCUUGGGAGGGGAUUUAGUGACCUUUAUUUGCGUAUGCAGUACACUAGACAGUGAUCACUGAAACUGUUAAGAGAACGCCGCCACCUGGAUUCUGUCAGGACAACUGAACAGAAUCCAAUCUAGCAAGGUAUGGUUCUGGCUUUUGUGGACAAUGUUUACAUGGGAGGUAUUGCUCUACUCGAGAACACUAGCACAAUACAAUUCUGGGGUCUUUACAGUAGAACUAGCCUGGUCUUUGAAAGUUUUUCAUAUGACCUAAAAAUAUGUAGAACCAGCAGGUUUGGCAAUAAAAUGGUUAAAUGGAAAAAUUGUCAAAUAUAUUUAUUUUUAACGUAGAACGGUUCCAAUUUGUAUUAAGAUUACUAGGCUCAACCCAAAGAGAUUUUUUUUUUUUUAAAAACCCAUUUUUUUUGCAGUGCAGUGAAAGGUAACAACAUGCGCGAGGUACCCCAAUGGCAUUUCUCACACUAAUUUUUUAGCUCUUUUAACAGUGGGGCAUGUGGAAUUACAUGCACAUUUUUAAUUAUAUGAAGAAGAUAUAAACCAUGUGUUGACAGAACGAUAGAUAUUAUCACAAGUUAGCUUUAUAAAAUGUAAAACAAAGUUUGUGUAAGUCAGGCAAAAUAGAACUAUGCAAGAAAUAAAACUGCUUACGUAUUGAGCAAGAUUAAGUGACAUGCUGAAUUAUACAUGCAAAAAGUGGGACCCCAUUUGCUGAGAUAGUAGGGGGUUGUGUCUUAAACUAGGAUGUGCACAGACUGGUACUGGGACAUCGGGUAGGAGAUAUCUUAAACUGCAAGGCCUCAGCUGGACAUUUUAGCACCCUCUCUGAUUUAUGGAUUGCCCUGCUGAAUUAUAAUGGUGUGUGGUAUGCGAUGCCUAGAGCUUUACUAAGGCAGUGAAAGGAGGUGAUGCUGUGCUAUCAGAAAAGGGGCUGAAUUAAAAAAUAAAAGUGAAAAAAGGACCAAAACUGUGAGGGUAAGCAAUAUAAACGAGUUUGACCCGUGUCACUGUGUAUGGCAAUGUAGUGUGUUAUUAGUUACGUGGGUAAAUGCGGGUGGGUCUCCGAGUGUCCAGCAAUUUCAGUCCUGCAUAAAAUACAGACUCUGUAGGGGCCAGAAUGGCCGCAGCUCUCAGCCUAUGCCUCUGGUACGUUUCUCUGGGUAGACCGUGGUGUGGCUGAAUAAGGUGUUUCCCUCCGCUUGUCGGUCCAUGACAGGGGUCGGUUCUCAGUCCGAGUUGGUUUGGUCAUAACUGUCAUUGGUCGGCCGGUGUACCUCCUAGUGCCCGGUCCGUGAGGGUCUGUGUCUGUGCAGAAACUGUAUGCCACAUGGCCCUCUCUUCCAUCGUCCGCCAGGAUUGCUGUGCCGCUGCUGCUUGUCUUUCGACCGCUUGAUAUCGAGUGCCUGCCAUGUUUGGGUCUCACACCCGGUUUCGGUCGCUGCGGAGUAGAGCUUUGUCGUUCUUGGGGUGGGAAUCCUCCCCUGCCCUGGAGAUGUGGAAGAGCUGGUGCUUGGAGGCCACGAGCCUGGAAGCCUGCAUGGCCCAGAGUCGCCCAUAGUGGGGUGGUGCGGCGAGUUUCAGUCAGGCACUGACGUGGUCGUUGUGCUGCUCUCCGCCAGUGUGGCCGGCACUUCCGGGUCAUACCGUUCAUUGCUCUCAGCCCAGAAGGGCCUUGGACGAGGGAUGAUAUAGCGUGGAAUGUGAAGUUGCCCUGGUGAGUGUCCCCAGUCCCCCUCCCGCCUUUGACUCUGACUCUUGCGGUCGCAUGUCUGCGUGGGGUUUUUGGCUGCAUGUAAGCUUCUAACUUCGCCCAAAAACUAUCGAAGAUUUUAUCAAUAGAGUCUCUUGUGCAGUCUUUAGUUAUUGCUAUAGUAGCUUGGCGCCGUCGCUUGCCCAACACUUGCGUGUCAGGGUGUUCCACCAUCUUGGGAGCCCCCGUCUCCAGUUUGUCAGGGCACCCUGGCCUGUCGGGACUGAGAUAUCCCCCGUCUGUCCUUGGGGGGGGAGGGGGAUUGAGUUUGUGCUGUACACUCAGUGCGGUUGGCAUCUGGCGGGAAGGCGGCCGUCCGUCCCCCGUGCCUCUGCUAGGCCUCAUGUUGCCGCUGCGGUUCCAAGUCGGACACAGUGUCACGAAUGGCACCGGCGGUUCUGUGGGAACUUCCUCCGUGCACUGGUUCCAAUUGUGAGUAAGGUCCAGUAGUUAGUUUUUCGCGGUUUUCGGGCUCACAGUGCAGGAGCCCAAGUUAUGUGCGACUUGUCUGCUAUCUAGUUCAGCUCCGCUUCUUUUGUUGCACUACGUGUAUUAAUUAUUACAAGGAAAUCUGGGAAAAAUAUAUUUGUUUUCCCCUUAUUAUAUGUUUAAUGCUGAUUAAUCACAAAAUAUGUUUUGUAUUUAUUUUUAUUUUUUUGUCUUUUUAUUUAAUUCUUUUUCAGUACUGCAGUGUUUAUAAAUUCCUCUCUUUUUUUUUUUGAAAAUUCUUUAUUUGUAAAGAUUUUGUUUUUUUGGGGGAAGGGGUACAGAAAAAAAAAGUGGGGUUAAAGUUUGUGUUACAAUCUUUGUAUAACAGGCAUGUACUCAAAGCGACAGUCAAACAAUUUGAGCAGGAGUGCAGAUAUUACAUUUUUGGUUACCGCGUAUGUUGUUUGUAUACAACUAGAUUCUAUGGUUAGAUCAACUUUUGUAAUCGUUUGGUGUUGAGGAUGGGGUGGGGUACAAAAAGGAAGAGGGAGGGGGAUAGGGUAUAAUAUUGCAUACAGUACUCAUCUUACAUUUGCCAAGGAGGUGUGAGAAUACAAAUAGGUCUCCAUGACCAGGAUCAGGGAGGGGGGGUAGGCAGUGGGUCGGGGGUACAAAGUACGGAAGGUAGGAUAGGGAUGAGGGGUGGGCAAAUGGUGGCUUGGUUAUUGAGUCGCACCCUUCCUACCGUGGUCGACCUGUUGUCCGUUCACUAGUUUGAGAUUCUGUAUUUUACAGUUAGCACAUUUCACAUACAAAAGUCGUGUGUAUAUUUUAACAGAAAAAGGAGGUUGGUUAUGUGUUUGAAGACAACAUGGUAUGACAUUGCUUUGUUUGCUCAAUAAACUGGCUCGGCAGCUUAUAGGCUUGCACUGUGUCUGUCUUUGGGGGCCUUAGUAAGUGUGAGGUCGUGAAUGUGACCCUACAUGGCGUUUGGUAGUGGACUUAUGUCGUCGGGGGGGUCGCUGUUUAUCUGAGGGGAUAUUGGUCCGGGUUGGAAGUAUGUCUACGAGGAGAGGUGAUAUAGUUUGUAGGUUUGCCGAGCCAGAAGGGUCGAUGGUAGUUCUCUUGGUAGGGAGGGGGAUCUGUUUUCUCAGGUGGUGCGGCCUUUGAGUACUCUUUGGUUGCGGCUAAGUCAGCAGACCUAGGCAUAGGAGUCUGGUGCUGUAGUCAGAAGGGUUAUUGGGUGGUUGGGGGGGGGGAGAAGGUAUUUGAAGGGGAAGGGAAAGAUCACUUAGAGGGGUUGGAUGUUGCUGCCCCCUUGGGUGACCUCCCGAGUACCAGAUGGGUCAGGUGGGGUUGGGGGUGGCUGCGCGGGUGACUAUCGUCAUUCUCGUUGUGCAUUAAUGGCGUUAUUUGAGUGUUUUCUCAGCUCACCAUGGGAGGUCACUGUGUCCUUCUAUCCAUGGGUCCCAAACUUUGUGGAAUGAUUUUGGGGUGUCGUGCAGUUGCGCUGUUAGUCUGUCCAUAUCUAUGCUGUCAGUGAUUUUCGUGUAUAUUUGGGUGUGAGUGGGUAUACGUUGCGUAGACCAAUUUUCCGCAAUUGCUCUUCGUGUGGCUAAGGCCACUCGCGCUAUGAGUUUGUUCUCGUUACGGGUGAGGAUGUCUAAGGGUUUGGAUAGUAAUAGAGCCCAUGGGUCCAGGGGGACCGGUUUGUCUAGUAUUCUGGUUAGGAGAGUCGUGAUUUUUUCCCAUAGGGGGGUGAGUUUUGGGCAUGUCCACCAGCAAUGGAGGAACGUGCCGGUUUCAUAAAUUCCUCUCUUAUAAUCAUUUUUCUAAAUGACUGGCUUUUUUUUUAAUAUAUAUAUAUAUAUAUAUUUUUUUCUUUUUAAAAUGCUGUUCAUUUUUUAUUUUGUAACCAGUUUCUCACCCCUAAUUCUUUUGUGCACAAAUUAAUGCAUGUCAUAUGAUUGUGUGUCUGCACGUACUUUCCGUGGAACAUAUACUGAUGAUAUCUUGAAGAUGCAAACAAUUGCUCUUCAUCUCGACUGUAAAUGUCAACUGUGUUUUUUUUAUUUUAUUUAUUUUUUUAUUUUGGCAUGACAUACUCUUUAACUUGUAGUUAUUAAACUCAGUGUUUUUCCCCUUUUUUCAGAGGGAACUGGUUCCUUAAACUCUGCAACCAAACCUGGAAAACCGAAAGGGAAGAAAAAGAUCUCAUCUGUUCGACAAAAGUUUGAUGUAUGUAUUUUUAUUUAUUUAUUUUAACAGUGAUUUCCUUGAAUUCUCUGAUACACAUUCCCACAAGAUUAUAAUCUAAAAUUAAAGACUGCAUCAUUUGGAGCACGAGAAACAAAAUAUUGUAUGUAAAAGUUGUGGUGCGUUUAGUUUGGAAUACUAAUGAAUUUUAUUCACUAAACUUUGAUUAGUAAUGAGUUGGAAUCCAAAGGCAAAAUCGAGGCUACAAUAGCAAAGCUGUGUGUGCACCUGACUCCAAAUCCGCUAUUAAUUUAACCUUUAAUAUAUCCAUUUAGAAGUCAACUCGCUGAAUUUGUUGGCGUUUUUAAAAAAAAUAUAUAUUAUUUGGUUGCAUAUCUUACACAUACAAACAAUCCUGAGUGAUAUAGAUCAUGUUUGUUUUAGAAGGGAAAAAUAGCAAAAACAUUUUUGGUGAAAACGAUUUGUAAACACAAUUCAACAAUUUCAAUGUAUAUCACGAAUCUUGUCAAGAUUGUGUUACAUACAUAAGAGGCUGAUAAUGUCAUGGUUUUGUUUUUAUCAGUCAUUGUUUUAAAUGUGUAUUGUGGAUCUUUAAAUAAAAUUAUAUUUUAUUGGUAACAAAUUAAAGGAGCGCUCCAAGCAUCAUAAACAUUAUAGCACACUGUAUUGGUUCUAGUAUAGGGAUCCCCUUGCCCUGUCCCACUGUAAGUAGUCAAACCAUUUUAGAACAGUUUGACUUUUUAUCUUAUCUGGGGCUUUCGGGCUCUCUCCCCACUUCCACUGCUGCCAAAUGGAAGCUCCCUGUCUGAGCCAAGUCCAGCAGUACAGGGCUUAGCUCAUUGUCUGAUAGCUAUCAGCUGGUGCUUUCAACUACUGAUCUGACCCUCCAUGGGUAGGCUUACCUUAUGAGAGCCAACGGUAGCUGUAAGCAGUAAUUUUUGACUCCUGAGAGGAGGCAGUGAGUGGUGACCCUAUGUAAAAAGUCAGUUAUUGUACAACCGUAUGACUACUGUGGGACGAGCCAGGGCACUUCUGCAGCUAUGACUACUACAGCUCGCUGUGGUGCCUAUGGUAUUUGGAGUGUCCCUAUUUAUAUUUUAGAAUUUGCUUUUUUUUUUUUUUAAAUAGAUUUAGAUUUUUAUGUAUUUGAUUUGGUUUAGUGAACUCAUUCAGAAGUCAUAUGAGAUUCAACUUGCUGGAGCUGUAACAUGUAUAGAAUGUGUAAUCUUAUAAGGAACAAACUAUGUGGAUCAUCACUUCAGUUGGGUAUAUAACUGUAAUAUAAGCUUUGUCUUUGCAAAAUCUGGAUAUGGUUUUUUUUUUUGUUUUUGUUUUUUUCUGUGUGCCUUUUUAAAUCUUUUUUGGCUUGUUUAUGCAAUUACUCCAUCGGUUGCCACAAGUUACCAGUUUGUGUUGAGAUUUUUAGCUUAUUCUGUUUGUUGUUUCUAGCAUCGAUUUCAACCACAGAACCCACUUGCAGGAGCACAACAGUUUGUUAGCAGAGAUCCCCAGGAAGAUGAUGAUCUGAAGCUGUGUUCCCACACUAUGACACUGCCAACACGAGGACAGCUUGAAGGACGCAUGAUUGUUACUGCCUAUGAACAUGGUCUGGACAAUGUAACAGAAGAAGCUGUUAACAUUGUUAUCCAUGCUUUAGAGGUAUUGCUUACACUAUUUGCUUAUAGCUCAUGAGAGGGUGCAAUUAUAAAACAUAUUUUACCAGGAUACACUUAGUAGGUUCUUAGAAGGACACCAAAGGCACCUAGAUCACUUCAGUACUAAAACUAUAAAUCCAUAACAACACAAUCUGCCCUAUAAAAUACCAUUUUAAAACCGUACUUUAGAAAUUGUUGAAAACUGCUGGAAAUAUUGAAUAUAUCAAAUCAAUUAGUGCACUUUUUUUAAAUUAAACCUCUCUUGGUAACAACUCUCAGCUGUCAGGUACACAGCUGAGAGGAAUGCAUUCCUUACUAGUCUUGAGUGCUUGCUCAAGACAGAAGGGAGAGAAAGUUUGGUUUCAAUCCAUUACUAAGAGAUUUGUUGCUGGUGGAUUGCAGCAGUUGCCACACAUGUGCCGUGUAUCCCAAUGCUACUCUACGAGAAGCUUUGCAUUGGCUGGGAGAUCGUCACGGGAGCUGGAUUAAAUGUAAGUAAUGUAUUUUUUUUGCAGGUCCCUAAAUCUAAAAGGAAAUGGGAACAUUCCAGCAUUCAAAAUAAAUGCUGUAUGUAUUUGGGCUGGUGUGUACUAUGGUCGUUGCUGCCGCCCAGGAGUAACUGGAGUUUGAGCGCAGGACUUGUUUUUUGUAAACUGGAAGGAUUGCGGACUUAGAUAAUUUUUCCAGUUUGGUUAUUUUGUCCUUAGAUUUGAAAUCUACUCUGAAUUUUCACUUUAGUGAAUAGCCCAGUCUGUCCUAGUUUCUCCAAGCAGAGUAUAGGUUUACUCUGAUUACUGACUAGCAUUUCCUCCAUUGACACCUGUGAUGAAAAUUGCUAUCCAGUAAGCAGAAUAAACACUUUAUUUGCUAAUAGAAUCCAGACCAAAAUUAGAUUUUUGUCUUUCUCCAAUGCAUUGUAUACCUUGCCAGAGCAUACAUUGCACCGUUCUGUUUAUUGCAAAAUUUCUAACAUCGCAUCUUAAAAGGUUAACAUGAGCUAUAAGUGAUUUUUCAUUAUUUUAUUUGGUUGUAUAAUUUUUAUAAGUGACGGUUCCCGUUAACAUGAUAAAUUUCUAUUUAUUUUUUGUUGCUUUAUCUUCAAUAUCCCUACUUAUUUAUUUGUGGUUUCAUCUUUCUUUAGCAACAUUUAAAGGAUUUGUUGACCUCAGUGGUGUCCCGGAGGCAAUCCUACCGUUUGAAAGAUGGCCACUUUAGGUAUGCAUUCGGAUGCAACGUAAACCCCCAGCCUUAUCUCAGAAACAGUGUUGCGGCAUACAAUCAACUAAUCGAAUGGUGAGUUUUAACUUGUGGAAUGGAAUCAUAAAUGGUUUAUUAAUUAUUUAAAUAGUUAUACAGAGGCAUACAAAAAUAAAAACAAACAAUUUUUUUUUUUAUGAGUAUUAAAGUGGUAGCCCAAUCCCUCUAUCCUGGUGCACAGAAUAAUUUUAAAAUGGGAAUUAGAUUCGAAUGGACAAACAGAGGCAAAAAAAAGAAACAAAAAUUGAUGUGAAACCAUUCUCCAAAUUUUUUUUUUAUUUUUUUUUAUUUAUUUUUUGCCUCCCUUUAUUUUCCCACUCAAAUUUAAUUUGUUAAAAUGUGGAGUUUGUGAAUAGCCUUGUGUGUCUCACCCUCUGCCUUACAUAGACUUUCCUUGUGUGUGUGUGCCUGUGCCUGUGCCUCCAGGACUUAUUAGUGAGCACUAUGGUGUGCAACCAACAAAAAAUAAACAAGAUAAGAAAAUUUACUUAUAUUCAAAGUUGUGGUAUUUGCAAGCAAUCUACAAUCUUAUUAUCAGACUUGAGUUCUACUGUCACUAGGAAGUAGCUUGACAAGUCAUGAACUUAUCUUUCUGGUCUGAACAGUAGUAGAUGUUCACUCCAGUGCUGCAAAGGUUGAAUUACAGCUCAGCUACUAGCUGUUUUACCAUUCUUGCACAAAUUAGAAAUGUGACAGUCACUAGCCUACACAUUAAUAGUUUCCACUUAAUCUGUCAUUCUUGAUCUUCCUGUUUAUCUGCACACUGUACAUGAAGAGGUUACUUAACACAUUUCAAACUUGGUUUUACUGAAACGUUUCUCUCAAAGUAGAGGUUUCUGGGUUUCUCAUAGUUCCAUUGUAGGUUUCUACAUGUGAAAGAUAUCUGAAGUACAUCUCACAGAAACACUUGCUCUGCUUUCUGAUGUUAUGUACAGCUGUCUUGUAAAAAAUAUUGCAUGGGAAAAAUGAGCCAGAAAGGCAGCAACCAGCAUGCAUAAAGUUGUGCUGUUUUUGUUUUUUGUCAGAGGUAGGGCAAAGGAAGCAGGAUUAAGUUGCAGAAUGCUGCAUCACAAUGAUUAUAAAUUUGAGCUUGUAAAAAUGCUGCUUGUUUAGGUUAAAAGGUCUGAAAUGUAUAAAAUGUGGUACCUGGAGAGUUCCAUAAAAUCUGCUAAAUUGGAGAUGUCAUUUAUGAAACACAUUAAUGGCUGGAUUUUAGGUUAUUCUGAAUAAACUACAAUCUGUACAUUAUAGUGAAAUCAAAUGUAGAGAUAUAGAUUAUAUAUUUUAAGUUCAGGUUAACAUGAUCUUCCUCUUUGAGAAACUCUAGACCUUACAAAUCUAUUGGACAUAACAAUAUCUUCAACAUUUUUCCUAUGUAUGCAAAUAUAAGAACUGCUAUUCAUUUCUCAGUGUUAAGCCUAUUAAUAGUAAUAGUAUUUAAAGGACCACUAUAGGCACCCAGUCCUCUUAAGCUCAAUGAAGUGGUCUGGGUGCCAGGUCACCCUAAUUUUAACCCUGCAGCUGAAAACAUUUUGUUCACAUCACUACCGCCAUAAGCACACACCUCAAACUGGAAAACAAAUUAUCGUACACCAUGGCCUGCCCUGUUGCUGUAACUUAUCUGCUGAGUGCUAGUGGAGAGUUAUAACAAAUAGCCCUUCUUUAUUUAAUUUAAUUUUAGACCUGUGCAUGUUAGUGUCGUUAAUAAACAUCUUAAAGGAUCACUAUAGGGUCAGGAACACAAACAUGUAUUCCGAACCCUAUAGUGUUAACACCACCAUCUGGGCCCCUCAUGCCUCCAUAAAAAUAGCAGAAUCUUACUGUAUUCAAGCCAGAAGCCGUAGAUCUGCAUGCUCUUUGCCUAAAAAAAAACAAGCAGUCUGCUGACAUCAUCAGAAGUGGUGGCCUGAUCCAAUCACAAUGCUUCCCCAUAGGAUUGGCUGAGACUGACAAGGAGGCAGAUCAGGGGCAGAGCCAGCAUGAUUCAAACACAGCCCUGGCCAAUCAGCAUCUCCUCAUAGCGAUGAAUUGAAUCAAUGAAUGAGGAAAGUUCAGUGUCUGCAUGCAGAGGGAGGAGAUACUGAAUGUUUGGAUGCAUUUUAGGCAGUCAUGACCCAGGAAGGAUCUCUAACAGCCAUCUGAGGAGUGGCCAGUGAAGUUAUCACUAGGCUGUAAUGUAAACACUGCGUUUUCUCUGAAAAGACAGUGUUUACAGCAAAAAGCCUGAAGGUAAUGAUUCUACACACCAGAACAAAUUCAAUAAGCUGUAAUUGUUCUGGUGACUAUAGUGUCCCUUUAAUAAUUUAAAAAUGAAAAACCAGUGUGGACCAGAUCAAAUCCCAGCAAUGCUGCUGAAGCUCAGUGCGCCAGCAAUGGCUAAACCUGUCACUACUCUUAUCAAUGAAUUCCUGGUGUCAGGAUACAUACCCAAACUUUGGAAGACUGCAAAAGUUGUACCCACCCAUAAAAGUGGUGACAAUAUUUUGGUAUCUAACUAUCGCCCGAUAUCAUUGCUCCCUGUAUUGUCAAAAAUCUUGGAAAAAUGCGUCCACUCGCAACGAUGCGAAUAUUAUUAACGAUCAAAUUAUCUGACCCCUGAUCAAUCAGGCUUUUGUCCAAAUUACUCAACCUUGACUGCCCUCUUAAAAGUUUGCAAUGACAUCCAAAUUGUCAUGAAACAAGGAGACUUAACUGGAGCUAUUUUCCUUGAUUUUGCCAAGGCCUUUGACACAGUAGACCAUGGUAUACUUUUUGCAAAAACUUAAAAACUCAAGCAUUGGCGAUCAUCCGCUAAUCUGGUUUCGAUCAUAUGUUUCAGACCGAUUGCAAUAUGUGGCCAUUUCUGAUAAUGCUUCCCUCCCUCUUCACGUGUGGUGUUCCCCAGGGCUCCAUACCCGGCCCCCUGCUCUUCACUUUAUUUAUAAAUGAUCUGCCUAAAGUCUGCAAAUCCUGAACUGUUCACAUGCAUGCAGAUGACACUGUAAUCUACGCUAGUAAACCCAAGCUACCACAGCUGUAGGCUGAGCUCCAAAACCAAUUCAGGUGGAAUAGUGGAUAACAAACUCUUCCUAAACACUGACAAAACUGUUACAGUGAUCUUUGGAACUGUACCUAAAUUACGUAAACUACAAAAUCAACAACUAUGUAUCGGAACAAAUUCAAAUCGCACAUUGACAGCAGUCUGCUUUUUUAAAUAUCUAAGUAUGUUGCUAGAUUUCAAUCUAUCCUUUGGCCUUCACAUUGAAAAAAUCUUUUUAAAACUUUACCCAAAACUUGGUGCCCUGUCCAGAAACAAAUCCUGCCUAAGCCCUACAGUAAAGAAACAGUGCAACAUAUGCUAAUGCUGGUCAUUGAUUGUGGGGAUGUAGUGUAUGCACCCGCACCGCAAACCCACCUUAAUAAACUUAAUACGUUAUAUAAUUCAUUCUGCCGCUUUGUACUAGAAUGUAAUUACUUUACCCACCACCGUGUUAAAAGAGCUAAACUGGCUCUCGCUGGAAUCCCGAUGCACACUUCAUCUUUCCAGCCUUGUGCAUAAGAGCAUUUCUGGGAAGCUCCCACCCUACCUGAAUAGAAUGCUCUCCCCAGCUGUUCUGACCUCCUAUAACCUCCGAUCUAGUACUAGCACGAUAUUUGGCAUACCGCAAUAAAAAUUUUUUUUUAAAAAAGUGUCUCAAUCCUCCAUUUCCUACAGAGCACUGCAAUUCUGGAAUAACUUCAGGGACACAGUCAAAUCUUCAUUCAAUCUAAAAUCUUUUAAGAGAUCUAUGGCAAUUUACCUCAGCACUGAAUGCACCUGUCAUGGCUGAAUAUAUUUAUUACCUGUUAUGUAUUGUGUGUGUGUAUAUAUAUAUAUAUAUAUAUAUAUAUAUAUAUAUAUAUAUAUAUAUGGAGCUCUGAGUUCUAUGCUGGACUGGAUUGUUUUUUUACCUGGCAUUUUUAUUACCCUGGACUCCAAGUAAUCAUACCACCAGCGCUAUCUUCAAGGAGCAGUUGGUCUGCUCCUUCCUUAUAUUUUAUUUCCAUUAUUUUAUCCAGUGAGCACUAUUGGUUGUCUCUUUUUAUUUGAGUGUCGAACAUACCAUUGACGGAGGAAGUUUACCCCAUAUCCCAUGAGCGGGGAUUGUACCGCUGUACGUCUUUUACACUAGAGCUAGCUAUAGCUCUUGUACAUGUGAGUUUUAUACCAGCCUUUUAUAUUUUAUUUAUUUUAUGAUUGGACCUAUUGCACUAUUUGGUUCUCUAUUUGUUUUAUCUCUUGCAUAUGAGUGGAUUUACACGGAUGAGGACAGCGAGGACAUUGUUCCUGACCAAGCACCUUAUAGACUCUUUGACUCCAAUAAGAGCAUUUUAGAUAAGACUCUUUUUAUUUGGACUAUCUGUUAUUAUUGUUUUAUAUAAAGUCUCUCUGGCGCAGCCCUUAUUUCCCAUUUUCUAUUCUUUUGUCAUACUUUAAGGAUGUUUUGAGGGAUUCCCUUAUAGGGUUGCUGCCCAUUUGAAUAUAUUUGAUAUGGUGUAUAUAAAAAAUUGGGCACGUGACACCACAGUUUAGUUCAGGUAUAGCAGGGCAUAUAAUGAAUGAGGCGAAAAGAAACAUCUCUUUAACUGGCUAUAUUUAAUGGCAACACGUUUUAUAACAAUAUGUGACAGUGGUCCAAAAUAGAGCUGCCCAGUUCCAGGGCAGAUGUGUGGCUUUCUCCAUUUAAUUUUAUUUUUUAAAACUCACAAAGGCAUAUUUGCUAAAUGUGGAUGACACACAAACAAAAUAUAAAAAAAUCCUGCAAAUGGACAGUUCAUUUUAAUAAUUACACAUCUUUCAAUUAUUAUUUAGAUCAGUGGUUCCCAAACUUUUUAGGUUCAAGGCACCCUUAAUAUUUCACUAUUUUUCCAAGGCGCCCCAAGUUAAAAUAAUUUUCUAGGUUGUACAUAUGUACAGCGCAGCGGCAUAUACUGGGCCCCUGUCCAGCAGAAAUGUUUGCUGUUCAAGCGCAGAUUGAGAACCUAAUCUCUGGAGGGGCACUGGUAGAUUAUUUAAAGAAACAAUCCAGGCACAAUAACCACUACAGCACUUUGUAGUGAUUAUGGUGACCGUUUAACAACAAUUUGACAACCUGGAAUCUGCCAGGAUAGGGGCUGUAGUAGGGGAUAGGGGCAGUAAUGUGUCUAGACCUGCAAUAUGUGUGUGGGGUGCAUUGUGUUUGUGAAAGAUGUAGUGUUUGUGUGUGAGGGGUACUGUUUGUGUGUAUGGGGGGGGUAGGAGGGUAGAAAAUGUUUUUUUUUUUUUUUAGUAAGUAGUACGUUUUUUUUUUAUUUAAUUAAACAUUUUUUUCUUACUAUUUUAAUAUCCCCCGUCCCUGCUUACCUUUGCCUGUGGGGACAGUACUAAUCCCUGGUGGUCUGAUGGGGAAGCCCUGGUGGUCCCAGUGGUGAGAGUGAACUCUAGCAACCUUAGGCGCUGCUAGAGUUGACUCUUGCAAGAUUCGGAGCGUUGCCAUGGUAACGGCAGCAAUGCUCUGAGCUCACGAGAGAAAAAAAUCCAGGGGAAGCUGCAGGUUAGAGCUCCCCCGGGGCCCUUUUCCCUCCCCUGCCAGCGUGCUGUAGCGGUAGCAGGCCGGAGAAGGAGAUUUCUGAUAUCUCCUCCGGUCCUGCAGAGCUGGCAGGGGAGAGGGAGGCACAGUUCCCGGUGCUAUGAUCAUAGCACUGGGAAAUAUAUCACAGCUCCCCUGUGUGCCCGCGACACACCGUUUGGGAACGGCUGAUUUAGAUAGUUAAUACAUUGCUAAAUACAAAUGCACACACCAGUCAAGCCAUAAGACUUGCUUUUCCCAUAGAAAUCUCACUUUAACAGUGGUUUCCUUACUGCAAGGGAUUCUGGGUAGGCAUAUGCAAAUGAGCUCAACAUAGAACCACAUUUUUGCCUCCCAGGUGGAGAGCUGAGUGGCCUGCCUUCAUCCUGCAGAGUUACAGAGCAGGUAUGUGUAGCUUGCUUUAUGCCGAGUGCGGUCACUGGCUAAGCAAGUAGGAGGUCUGAAGCAGCAGCCAAUCACUGCCCGAGCAAGACGCAUGCGCACAGCGUGGGGAUGCGUUCCACCAGAGUUACGACAGUGCUACAGCACGUCAGAAAUUCCUGGAAAUGGCGCUAAAUUUAAAAUACCGAAGCCUAUUUAAGCUGUACAGAUUCUACUGACCGCAUGGAUGCUAUCCAAUCCUGCAUAACAGGGACAUUAAGAAAGAGAGAUUCAAGUUACUGUUGAAUUCCACCAGAAAAUCUACCUCUGCUAUCUACUUGAAAAUUUGGAUGAAAUUCCUGCAUUGGUGCAUCUCUCAUCAUUGCCUAAGAUCUUCUCCUUCUACAGAUACAAUCUUGCAUUUUCUACAAGAAGGUUUUAGUUUGUCUACCCUUAAAGUUUGUUUCUGCCAUUAGCCACUUUUUGAUAAAGAACUUGGCUUCAAAUCUUCGAGAUUUUUUAAGGCAGUCAGGCUCAUUAGGUCUCCAAGAAAAUAGUUUUUUUUUUUUUUUUCUUUUGGGACCUGUCUUUGGUAUUGAAGUCUCUUUGUACCUAGCUUUUCGAACCCUUGGAGGAAGCUUCUCUGGAACUUCUGUCCCUAAAAACAGCAUUUUUGGUGGCCAUAACAUCUACUAAGAGAAUAGGUGAAAUUCAGGCCCUUUCAUCUUCUACAGAUAUUACAAAGAUUUUUCAAUACAAGGUUGUUCUGUAUCCGAAAUCUUUAUUUCUGCCAAAAGUAAUCUCUUCCAGGGCUAUUAACCAACCAAUUUCCCUGCCUUCCUAUAGUUGUCCAUCGGUCUCCAAUCUGGAGGAUAACUGGCACAAGUUGGAUGUCGGAAGAUCUCCAAAAAUCUACUUAGACCGCUCCUCUGCAUACAGGAAGACUUGACCAUCUUUUUCUCAAUUUAUUUGGAAAAUUCAAAGGUCAUGCUGCCUCCAAGUCUACUCUAAGUUGGCUUAUUCUUCCUCAAAUCUGCCUUUGCCUACCUCCUUGAAAGUCCAUUCAACAAGAGACAUGGCUACUUCCUGGGCAGAAAAAGCACAAGCUUCAACAGCAGAUAUCUUCAGAGCUGCUACAUGGUCUUCGUUCAACACCUUCGUCACACACUACCGACUAGACAUAUUCUCUGCCUCUGACGCUGGACAUAAGGUGUUACAAGCGGUGGUUGCAUAAUUCCUACCCAUAGUUCUGGGAUCUCGAUAUAUCCCUAUUGUACUGCCACCAUAUGUCAGGAAAAACUUAAAUUUUACUCACCAUAAAUUCAUUUUUCCCUAAUAUGGUGGCAGUACAUCACUCCCUCCCUUUAUGAAUUAAUUUGAUAUUUUUUCUAUAUUGAGUAUCUGAUGUUUUCUAUAUUGAGUCUCUGAUGUUUUCUGACGUACUGAGGGUUCAUGGCAGGUCAGUGGUCUUAUACCUGUUGGGGGGGGGGGAGGAACUUUUUAUGUUAAUUUUUAUUUCAGAUGCUAGUCCCGUGGGAAGAGUACAUCCCUAUUGUACUGCCACCAUAUUAAGGUAAAAGGCAUUUAUGGUGAGUAAAAUUUAAGCUUUGCCCCACCACAACUCUUUUGGUAUGCAAUUAUUAUUUAACAUAGAUAAGUAUUUAGGUUUCCCACUGGGUGGCACUGUUGAGACAUUCUGUAUAACCAGCAGUAAUAAGACAGAUGAAAAGUAUUAAAGAGUUUUAGUACCAACACUGUGUGGCUAAAGAGAGGCAUGAUACCCAAAAGUUGUUAUAUAUUUAUGUUCUUUGCAUACUCUAAAAAUGAAGAAUAGAAAUAAAAUUGAUUUAAAGUAUAUGGUUUAGAUUUGACUAGUGCUAUAAAUAAAAUUUUCUUCACAAUUCCACAUGAUUAUAUUUGCAUUAUUGAUGCAUUUCAGUGCCACAUAACAUAUCUAGGCACUAUUCAAACUGUCUAGAUGAUGUGUUAUGUAGAAUAGGACAGAGAAUGAAAAUUAUCUAUCAGGAUGUCAAUAAUUGGCAUUUGUUGAUUAGAAUAACACUGAAAACUUUGGAGGGUACCACGUAGUCCUUAUUCAGAAGAUGAAUGACUUAAAUGGGAACUAUAACUUCUUCUUUAAAAUGUACACAAUUUAAUAAAACAUUAAACUUAUUGAUAGCUUGUGUUGAGUGGCUCUUUCUUUUACAUUUAAAGCGUUACUUUAACCGCCAUGACUACUUUAGUGAUUUGAUGUGGUCAUACUGGUAGGAGUAUGUAAGUGCAGUGUUUCAGCUUGAAACACUGCAGAUAUAGGAAUAUUGUUAAUUGUGCGGCUCAAGUAAUAUCAGAAGGGGCAUGCCGAGCAGCACGAGAGCUAGAUUAAGGUACGUAAACCUUAAAGGGAUAUUAUAGGGAACAAAACUUUAGCUUAAUUAAGUAGUUUUACUGUAUAGAUCAUGCCUCUGCAGUCUCACUGCUCAAUUCACUGCCAUUUAGGAGUUUAAUCACAUUUGUUUCUCUUUAUGCUUCCCUAACCACACCUCACUGGCUGUGACUGACACAGCCUGCAUGAAUACAAAUGUAAAAUACUUUAAAUGUUUUAUCUCCUGUUCUUUAAAUGUAUCUCUAAUUUCAUACAGGAGGAUCCUGCAGGGUCUAGAAUGCUAUUUACAGUGCAGGCGAUAAGAAAUUCUAAAUUAAACAGAGUUUGCAAUAAAGGAAGUGUGAACAUUUGAUGACUCUUUACAGGAAGUGUUUAGGGAGGCUGGGUAAGUCACAUGCAGUGAGUUGUGACUAGGCCUGCAUAACCAAAGUUAUUUAACACCAAUGGCAGAGAACUGAGCAGAGAGACUGCAGGGGCAUGAUCUCUACACUGAAACUGCUUCAUUAAGAUAAAGUUGUUUUGGUGACUUUAGUGCCACAUGCUGGGGGCUGUUAUGAAAAAUACCAAUAGGGCAUUAUUUUCUGACUGGUUUAAAAAAAAAAAUGGAGGGGGUAGGAGAAAUUCUUUAAAUUAAAGAUAGAAAAUUGCAAAUGAAGUGGAGAAAGAUUAAUUUAUUUCAUUGUUUCUCUGUGCUUAUCUGCCAGUUGUAAAGGACAGAGUUUAUAGCAAUGAUUGACAGAAAGCUAGGAUGAAGACAUUCCGUUGUAGGAUAACAAAGUGUGAUUCUUUUUUAAAACACACCUCACAAAUAUGUAUUUUUUAAAUCUAGAGAAAGUAAUACAAAAAAAAAGUCCUGCGCUCAUCUCAAAUCACUAUGCAUAUUUUAACAAAUGGAGGUUAUUUAGUUUCACCAAUAGCCAUGAGAGGGUUUAGCCCACCUACCACGUCAAGGCAAACCUCUCAGGUGGGUCCUAACUCUAACCAUUCACCUUGCUUCAUUGAGCUUCUGGCAAGGAUAUCUCUAAUGAGACAGAAAGAGGUAUUUUUUUUUUAUAUACACCCCUAUAUGCUCAUUAACCCCUAAUAAGUAACACAUGGGAUGGCCGGCAGCAUUGUAACAUAAACAAAUAUAGGGAUAGGUAAACAGAAAAAAACUGAGAAAUGUCAGUUUCUAUCUUUCAAAUUAUGCAUAAAAGAUCUCUCUUUCAAAAUCAGGGGUUUUAUUUUAAAUGGAAAAAGAAUUUCCAAAAAAUCUAAACAAGUGAGGAAUAGGUUUAUAUUCGUAAUAGUCAAAGCUUUGAAAUGUUUAACUAAAGAGUAUUUGUUGUUCACAUUUAAAGAGGAACCUUCACGUCUCUGGAAACUGCACCAUUAAAUGGUACCUUCGCCAUCACCUUAAACCAUUUUUAUGUGAUGCCCAUAUUAUUAUUAUUAUUAUUAUUAUUAUUAAAUGUAUAUUAAAGAAUUGGCAAACUGCACCCCAAUCCAAUCCAGUCCAGGCCAGGCACAGUCAGGACGCACAUUGCAAAUGAGAAGAAAUCGAAACAUGAUUGUGUCAUAUCUUGGACCAACAACAAGUUGACCACCAGUAAUAAAGGAAGCAAGGUGAAUUGUUAAUUUAGGAUCCACCCAAGAGGUUUGCCUUGACUUGGCAGGUGGCUUGCAUCUAAUGGCCAUUGGAUGCAAAGGGAUUUGGGAAGAGCACAGGUAACUUUUUUUUUCUUUUAGUAUUUACUGUAUGUAUUGGGACUGAUGUGUACUGUGGUUGUUGCUGCCACCCAAGAGUAGUGGGAGUUUGAGUGCAGGACUUAUUUAUGUGUAUUUGUAACCACCAGUACUACCAUCAAUGGAAAUGGACUCAAGUGUUAUGCCUGACGGUACUUGAACCCAGUCAAGCUGUGACAUAUACAUCUCUAUGUUAUGCCUUCUAUAUUUAUGGACUGUGGUUAUAAGGGGAUCUAUUAUCCCAUCUGGUGGGCUUGCACUGCUGUCUGAUGUUUUUGGAGAGAGGUCGUUUGAUUUGAUAGGUCUCCUGCUGGAAAGCUAUAUAUAAUUUUUUGGCAAUUUUGAACUGACUGUGUGUGCGCGUAUAUGUAUAUAUGUAUGUGUGUGUUUAAAAUUGAAGCUGUCAAAAUGUGUGCUCUAAAUAGAUUGUGCAUCACAAGCACACUGUGAAAAAUAUAUAACAUAGGCACUUCAGCAAUUUAUCUUUUUUUUUUUUUUUUUAAAUUAAAAGCUUCCACAUACAUAAAAUCCUUUUCCCCUAAAAACAUUUAAACUACUGUUAUUUUGACAGUAUUCUGUGUAAUAAACUUAAUGCAUUUCUAUUGCAAGACUGUAAUUAAAAAUCAUUAAUUCCACCAAAUCUUAAUAUAGGGUCUUCCAAAGUAAAAAACAAAACCAUAUUGUACACCGUAACAGUACAGUAAAUCAUAUCAUCAUUUUAGUUAUUUUGACCAGUUGUAAUUUUCUGCAAAUACAUGCUUAACCCCUCAAGGACACAUGACAUGUGUGCCAUGUCAUGAUUCCCUUUUAUUCCAGAAGUUUGGUCCUUAAGGGGAUAAAACAAUAAUAUUUUUAUUUCUCCUUUGGUAGCAAUGAUGUCAGUAGGUUACAAAAUAAAUUAUAAAUGUUCAUUUUAUGCAGACAUAUACCUAUAAAUGGUAAAAUCGGAUAAACUGAUUUUGCAGUAAUAUAUUUAUUGUAUCCAGAGCUUUGUAGACAUUUCUCAUCAGUAAGAAGUAAUAAUUAUUUGAAGUUGCAGAUUCUACAUGCCUUAAAUUUUCUUUUUCCCAGCUGGAACAUGCUAAUAUUUUUUUUUUUUUUAACAAGUUAGAUCAUCAGGAAUAUUUUAAAGUAAAAUGAAAAAAAUAUAAAUUUUAAUUUUUGUACACUGCCCAUUGUUAUGAACAAAAUCAGGCCUGUGACUAAAUCAUUUAGUAUGCUUUUAUUUAGAUUAUAGUUUUCCCUCUCAAAAAUUUUUCAAUAUUCUGACUUGGCCCUCAUUCUGACCUUACUAUACUAUUUGAACAUAAGCACUUACUAGCGCAGAGAGGGUCCUUCUUGGAAUUGUAGCCCGAAUGCUAAAUAUGAAUACUUUCCUUUGUUGAAUAUUCCUCUGUCCAAUACAUGAGCAUGUUACCCUAUUCUUGACAUGCUCUGUGCAUGUAUGCGUUCUGGGUUUCCCUUCCUUCAGUGCACUUAAGCUAGGAAAUUGUGCAAUAGUUUUGCAUUUUAACAAAAGACCAAGUUUAAAAUAUUUUCUUUAUAAAAGCACUGAAGCAUAGAAAUAGUUUUGAGUUGAGCUUGGUUACUAUAAUAAAAUGAUGACAUCUUGUGCUGUUUGAAUCAGAACCUGGGAGUUUCUAAAUUGAGUGGUUUAUUUACCAGCAUUCCACUCUCCAGGGAAGUGCAAAUAAAGUGUUAAAGUGCAGUAUGACACCCUCUGCCCUCUGGCCAAGGUAAAACAUUUGAAAGAAAUGGUAAAAUAUGUGUUGCUGAUCUGUUUACUGGUAUAUUAUAUAUUUUUUGCAAUUUAUUCUGUCUUUUAGCCCCUCUGCGUCCACUCUUACCCAUGGCAACCUGAAUCCUGGAACACAAGUGCACCCUGAUGAUGCAGAACAACAAGCUGCCCUUUUAUUGGCCUGUUCAGGAGACAACGUACCAGCCAGCCUACCUCCUGUUAACAUGUAUGACCUUUUAGAAGCAUUACAGGUAAAGAAAAUAGAAUUGCAUACCAGAGACUUUUCAGGGUUGAUGGAUCCCAUAAUUUAUUUGGUAUAAUGGAUUGGCUAAUUAAUCAUUAUUUGCCUUAUCCUUUUUGUUUGCAGAAAAGACUCUGCAUGUACACAUCACAUGCAAUUUGUAUUAAAAUCAUAUUUAUUGGCAUUCCUUAAAGAAACACUAUAUUGUCAGGAAUACAAACGUAUUCCUGACACUAUUGUUUUAAAAGCACUGUUUAGGUGUCCGACCAAGUGUGGUUCCCCCUCUUCCCCCCCCCAACAAUAUCACACUGGUCUCGCUGCAACUGGCUCUACCGUGCUCCACCUCCUUUUCUGAAAUCUUCAAAUUUGAUGGAAAGCAUUGGUAGACUAUUGAGCAUGUGCUGCAAAAUGCAGCGCUAUGCCAAUCUGUAUCUCCUCAUAGAGAUGCAUUUAAUCAGUGCAUCUCUGUAGGGACCAUUCAACUCCAUGCAGUGAGUGGAGACGCUGAACGUCAGUGCCGCACCUCUAAGAAGCACCUGCUUUGGCUGUCUGAGUAACUAACACUCUGAGGUGUAAUGAAAACAGUAAUGAAAACAUCUGAAACCUCUGAUACUAGGCAGUAAUGAAAACAUGUGUCGUAAUAGGCAGUGUUUACAGUAAAAGGCCUGCAGGGACAUGCUAUACACACCAGAACAACUACAUUAAGCUAUAGUUGUUCUUGUAACUAUAGUGUCCUUUUAAAGGGGGAUACUUGAAGCACCAAAAAAAGUAAUAAAGCGACUUUGGUGUAUAGAUUGUGCCACAACAGACUCGCUGCUCCUCUGCUAUUUAGGAGUUACAUCACUUUGUUCAUGCAGCCUUAACCACACUCUUCUGGCUACGACUCACACAGCCUCCUUGGGGAAAAAUAAAAAAAUAAAAUUAUUUUCAAGCAGAUUUUUGAAGUUAUUUGAAUCGAGCAUAUGAUGAAGACUCGAGCAUAAAGUUAUCAGAGCAUGAGAUAGAAACUUCUGAAUUAAACACAGUGAGCACAUGAGGAAAGCUAAAAAAUAAUUUUGACUCUUUUUCUGGAAGUGCCUAGGGAGGCUGUGUCAGGCAGACAUGGGAGGUGUGUAUUGGGCUGCAUAAACAAAAUAACUCUUAAAUGGAAGGAAAUUGACAGUGAGACUGCAGGGACAUGACCUAUACACCAAAACCUAAAAGUUCCCCUUAGUCAAAGUCAUAGGAACAUAAUGCUUUCUGAUAUCUCAAGUAGACAGUACGCAACAUCUUCUGCCAUAGUCUGUGUCAUUGAGCCUUGUUGCUUAUUUGAGGAACCAAACAAGAUUUACUUCAGUAUACAGAUCUUUCUUCAGCAGUCGGAGCACUUCCUUUCUAUACAUAUAUUAUUAUUUUUUUAUUUUUCUGAAGCAUGCCUACCAAGCAUCCGGAAUUCGUUGGAACAGUACCUUGGAACUAGAACUAUCCCCAAAAACUGUUGUGCAAGCACAUUAUUAGAUAUUCUCAUACUACACUGUGGGCUAUAGAGCGCUGCCGAGAGCACUGAAACAUGCUCACUGCAUGGUCUGCCUCAGUGGGCUGGCCUGCUUUAUUGGCAGACAGCCUGGCGUGUGUUCAUGCCAGGCUUAUUUAGGUGGACCUGCUCUUUUCUUGGCUGAUCCAUCCUUGUUGUACAGACCUAGUAACUUGUGCCACUGGCUACUAGACGCUUAAAUGCUAAAUGUUUUUCAAUUUAUUUUGCAGAUUCACAGAGAAGUCGUCCCGUCACAUACGGUGUACGCGUUAAAUAUAGAACGGGUCCUAAUGAAGCUCUGGCAUCCAACUACAGAGGAGUUACAGCAAGAUGAAAUACAUCGCCAAAGACUGAGUGCUAAAGAUGGAAUUCUUUUGUGCUGACAUGCUGUGAUCAUGACUUUACUGAACAAAAUGGUUGAAUCUAACCAAAACUUUUGCCCAAGAUUUACAUCAGGGCUUUCUUAUGUUACAUGGACAUGGUUUUACAUCUAUGCAUUCAAAAUCGCAAUACAAAUUUAAUUUAAAUUAACUGGUUUAAUAUCUCCAUCAUUGCUGUCUACAUCAGCAGGACAUGACCUGAGCUUUCAGUAAUCAACUGUUGGGAAAACAGAGUGCCAAGAUGUUUAAUUUGUGAUGAUAAAGACUACUUUGAAGGCUACACAUCUUUCUUGUACUAGUUUUGUUUUUCCAGGUGAGUUGUAGGAGCUAAGCACAAGAAAAGUAAAAUAAAAAAAAGAGACAAUUUUGAGUAAAUUUUGUUGUGGAAAGCGGAUUGCAACGUUCUGUUUUCUUUGAAUCCCAUUUGUUGGUUUGCACCGAGAAUCUACUGUAAUCUGUUGUGAAAUUCUGAUUCUGAUUUUCUUUUGAAUUGCUAUAGUAUCUCACGAUUUACACGUUGAAAUUGUUUUAUUUUUUUCAAGAGGAACUUUCACUUGUGAGAUGCUCUGGCACACAGAUAUUGAUGUGAAUACAAGUUUUUGUGGGGGUAGGUCAUGCAUGGCAAACAUGUACAAUAUACAAAAGACACCAUUUUAUUGUACUAGGCAAUAUCAGAAAAUGCUUCCAUUCCACUGAUCAAGACGAGUCUGUUGAUACCUUGCUUUACUAAUAAUGUGUGCAUUAUAUUAUCAAUUAAGUCAAAUGUUAUUGUCUGAAAUAUUCAACAUUUAAGCUUGAAAGGACUUGCAGGAUCCAUAGGUCCUCCAUCUAGGAUGAAAGCUGCAUAGAACUGUUGCCCUCAACUGGCAAAAACUGACCCAGGAUGAUACAAUCAGCUGAACCACAUAAUUUCCAAUAAUAUGCAUAUGUGGAUUAAUUUAAUUUUCUUUACAAAAUAAAUUUGGUACAAAGCCCCAUUUGGUGCUUUUCUCUUUCUGCCAGCUAAAUUUCCAGUUUUCAAACUGUAGAAAUAACAAUUUUCUCUCCCAGAGCUCAAUAUGUCCUUCAUCUACUGUAACAACAAGCCCAGUAUGCCUACAAAAGGACAAAUGGA